AUGUCAAAGCGUGCGGCAAAGGCCCAGGCGAGCAGUGCGCGGGCGGCCACGACCUCCUUCGGCGCGUUCGGCGGCGCAUCAGCAGCCUUCAGCGCGAGCACGUCGCCCCUGUCCUACGUGUCCGAACCCCCAGACCUCUCUGCCAUCUCGGACCCAAACGUCGUCGUCUACUUCCGCAACCUGUCCAAGAAAGACAGCACUACCAAGGCAAAGGCGCUGGAGGACAUACAAUCGUACAUAUCGUCACUGCAAGAGCCAGUCGAAGAGGGCCUGCUCGAGGCAUGGAUCAAGAUAUACCCGCGAACCUCGAUCGACAACGCGAAAGCCGUUCGCCAGAAUGCCCACCUCGUCCACGGCCAAUUCGCCGUAUCCGCCGGCAAGCGCAUAGCACGACACAUGCCUAAGAGCGUGGCAGCUUGGCUAUGCGGUCUGUACGAUAGCGACCGAUCCGUAGUCGACGCGACGCAGACCUCGCUCCGACAAGUCUUCAACACACCCGAGAAGUUGCAGAGCAUUCGGAAGGUCUACCAACAACCCAUACUAGAGUACUGUCGCGAUGCAGUGGACAAGGAGAGCACGGCGACUCUGAGCGACGAGCGCAUAGUCAGCAAAGACGACGCGGAAGCAAAGUACAGCCGCGUCAUUUCGGCGUGCAUAUCCUUACUGGGCAGCCUGUUGAACAACCUGCAGCCCGAGGAGCUCUCCAGAUACCACGCCGACUACGAGACUUUGAUUGGCGACAAGAAGCUGUGGCAAUUUGCUUCAUACAAUGACGCUGGCAUCCGGCGCGCAGUGCACCGUCUUCUUAGGACAUGUGUCACGAAGGAGGAUGCUGCUGUCCGAGAGAACCUCGAUACCCUUAGCAAAGCUUACGUGGCAGAGGGAUUGAACUCCGACCAGACCGGUUCUGUCGGCGAUUACGUCGAGUCUCUGACCCUUCUCACCUCCAAACAUCCCUCCGUGUGGACUACCGACUACAAGAGCAAGACCGGGGUAGACAGACGCCUACGGCAGUCCCUGAAGAAGGGUUCUCAAUUAGGACCUCGUGAUACCUGGGCCCGCAUACCUGAGCUGUUGAAGAUCAUACCAGAAGAAGUCUUGCCACAAUCCAGUACCGACUCCGUGGAGCUGCUGAACGCCCUGCACGGUGGCAUUAUCCGCAAGGACGAACCAAAGUACAAUCACGAAGCGGGAUUCAAAGCGUACCUGGAAGUGGCUGGGUAUCUGGUUCAGCGACUGAGUGAUGAGGACAAGACCAAGCUCCUCCAGGAGAUGGUGCUACCAAUCAUAACGCAGUACUUGCGACCGACGCUAGAGACCUCGCAUUGGGCUGUGCCUUCUAAUGCUUCAGGUCUGCUCUCCAAAGCAUUAGGAAUUCAAGGAAUGGCCGUUGUGCUAGAAGAGCAAUGGCCUACUUUCUCACAACAAUUGAUCGAUGCUAUCAAAACCCUGGCCCCCGAGCAGUCGAAAGACUAUGAGAAGUCUCAAACGAGCGUCAUUCAGCACGCCACACGCUUCACAACUAUACAAGACCAAGCGCUCACGAUCGAGAAUUUGGCGAAGCUACAAUCUGUUCUUUCCCAAGCUUGCUCUUCAAUAGUUGCGGAAGCUCUGGAAGUACUCAAGAACAGAAACGGAAAGCCAUAUGGCGCAGCGGGCACCAUCGCGGUUCUGCCGAAACGAAAUCCUAGCUUGAUCGCAUCUACCCAAACCGAACAAGAUCUAGAGUCAUUCAUACAACAGAAUCUCCCAGGUCUGGUGCUGUCUCCUUCGUCUUCAUACCUGAUCGACAUACUAUAUACUAAGUCCGAUCGCGCGUAUUUCAAGGACGCAUGGAGCGCGUCGCUCAAAACUGUUCUCAAAGAGACAGACUCUCCGGCGAAGACCAAGGCGCUUGAAGCAAUUCUUACCUCUUCGAGGAUCCCGCCCUCUUUCGAUCUUGCAACCUCGGACCCUGAGUUGCAGAAGUACAUCACUGCGAACGUACGCGAAGCCGUAGAAGGUUCUACCGAAUGGGACUCGUUCAACCGUAUGCUUCAAUCGCCAGCGAAGAUACUUUCCCCGGAAACAACGGAUGAGAUCCUCGCUUACAUGACGGAAACCCUCUCGAUAUCGCACCAGGCUCCGUACUCAUUGCAGGGCCUACGUCAAAUAGUCAAGUCAAACCCGCCAAUGCUCCGAGAAUUUGUCGCCAGUCCUCAAGGCUCCGGCCUUCUGCAAGGCCUACUUCUCGCCUCGGAGUCUCCAGAUGAGGAAGUGGCACAGGGCGCUAAAGCCGUCAAUGCUUCCAUUCAGACAAUACUAUCAUCCGGAUCUGAUUCUAAGCAAUCUAUCUACAAUCUCAUUCAGCAAGGGCUGCGAGACGCGACGCCCACAUCGGUCUCGGUCGAGACUCUGGUUGACUUGGCAAAGCAAUCUGUCAAAGCUGGUAGUGACUGGGAUGAGACUGCUAAAGUAUUCCCAAGCAUCGACGACUGGAACGCAUCUCUAGAGCCAUUCCUCAAUGCUGCACCAAAAUCAUCUCUCGCUAUCACGAAUCCCCUUGGUGGCGCCGUAUAUCUUGUGAAGGAUGGACAGAUGCCCUCCACAAUCAGGACCAUGUCCCGAGACGCAGAUGGCUACUCUCCUGCAUACAGAAUCACGCAAUAUGUGGCGAGGCUUUUCAAGAACCCUGACUACUUCUCCAUGGACAAGCUUCCUUCUGAACUUCGGGCUGCCUAUCUCCGCAACAUUGCGAUCGCUGUACAACUUGCAGAUGAUAAUCUUGGCCUCGCUGGCGCGAACGGUUUCUGGGCGCACUACAACUCAGACGUUGAAGCCGAGGCCAUGAACUUCAUCACGGAUGCUCAAACUCUUGUGACACACGAACUAAAGAGCCUUGCUGCGACGUGGUCGAAGGAUGACGUCGACGCUACGCUGUUGUCCUGGGCCAACACACUCUUGGCGAGCAUAGACGCCAGCGCGACAUCUCCAGCUUACUAUCACGCACGAGCGUACGCUGUCAUAAUCGCUGAUGCCAUUGAGAUCGCUGGUUGGAAGAAUUCACAGACUGCUCAACUUCGGGAAACGCUCAAAACGACGCGAAGUUCAAAGAACGCCCUCCAGCUUCUUGCGUUGCUGAACGCCUUCAAGGAGCCACUGUCAUAUGCGAAGGCUUGUGAGCGCAUGUGUAAUGAGGUCAUCGCCGAUCUGACAGGUAUCGAUGCCCUGCAAAAGUCGCAAGAGGCAUUACAGCAGCUUGUUCUAUUGAACAGUGUUAUGGGUCAAGAGGGGAUCUUGGAAAGCAUCGCCGGUCCUCGUCUUAUGCGGUUUGUUCAGCAUGUGGUACCGUGGCUGCAAGAAGACGCACUCUCGCAUCCUGUCAAGGCCGAACUGUGUCGUGCGUUGACAGUAUUGCUUCCAUUGGUCGGCGAUAUGUACGGUGAGCACUGGGCUGGCAUUUUGGGUGCACUUGCCGAAAUCUGGGCGACCAUGAAAGAGCUGGAGUCAAACGAGUCCGGCAUGGAUAGCCCGAUUCCUCUCGUGCACGCAUCCCUAAAACUAUACGCACAGCUCCGAACUUUGACGCAAGCCGAAGAGCCCAACGACGAUCUUCUCGAUGCUUGGAAAGAAAACGAGCAACCAGUUGCUGAUGGGCUUAUCAAUAUCUUGAAGCAUUCGCAGCACUUUCCGGAUGAGUUCCAUCAACCACUCAAGAUGGUUAAUGAUGUGCUGGCGCGCCAGAUUUCUAAGGUGUCGCUCAAGCAUCUGGAGUCCACUGAAGAACUUUUCCCUCUUCUUUACGUGGAGUCGCAACCUGUUCAGCAAACUGCCUUCGACAUCCUGCAUAAGCAAAUACCCGCAGCUCAAGAGCAGAUAUCUAUCGAUGCGGCAUUGGAGAAGACUACCGCGCGUUUACCCGAGGAGUUGCUAUCUCUGAUCAUCGACGCGCCUACGGUUGCAGCGAUUGCUGACGCUAACUUUGAACGCAGUGUGCCGUUGCCAUUGCGCGGUUAUCUGUUGAGCUGGUUGCUGGUAUUCGAUCACCUGGAACAUGCAUCCUUCAAGGUCAAGAACGACUACGUCGAGCACAUCAGAGAAGGUGAAUACCUUCCAGGUCUGCUCGAUUUCAUGUUCGACUUCCUUGGCCACGCGCACAACAAGCCGGUCGACGUCUCCAAACUUGACAUCACGACAUACGAAGCAGAUGUUGAGCCUCCAAAGCGCGAUCUGCAGUGGCUACUGACACACUUGUAUUUCUUGUGUCUACGCGACGUUCCAUCUCUGACAAAGACCUGGUUCAAGAGCUGCAAGUCGCGCGCUAUAGUCGUUGCGCUCGAGCCUUGGACGGAGAAGUACGUGUCACCACCUGUGAUUGUUGCCGCCCUCAACGCAGUCAACACAUGGUCGGAGGAACAGGCCGCAUCUGAGCCCGAUUCAGCAUUCGCGGUCAAGGUCGUCAACCGCGCACGCGAGAUCACUGCGUCCUACAUUGUCGACGAACAAACCAUGGCGAUGAGGAUAUCUCUGCCUGCCGCAUUCCCUCUCGCAAAUGCCCAUAUCGAAGGCCUAAAUCGCGUUGCUGUCAACGAACAGAAGUGGCAAUCAUGGCUAAGAACUUCCCUGGGAGCUAUCACGAUCUUCAACGGCAGCCUGAUCGAUGCGUUGACCACGUUCAAGAGGAACGUCGAUGGAGCGCUCAAGGGCCAGAUCGAAUCCGUCAUCUAUAACCCAACCUCCACUACCAUGCCGCCAACCGCCCCCACCCUAGAGUUCAACUACGACAUCUCCUGCCCUUUCGCCUACAUAGCCUCGACCCGCGUCCAAUCCCUCGCCCAACGCACUUCCGCAACUCUAAUCUACAAACCCGUCCUCCUAGGCGCCAUCUACCGCGCAACAUCCGCGCCCCAAGGCGCCGGCGGCUCCGCCUCCGAUGUCUUCAACUCCGCCAAAAAGGCCGUCACAGCACAGGGUAUGCAACGCACACUACGCAGAUACAACAUCAGAUACAACCCACCACCCCAGCAUCCACGCAAAACAGUCAAUGCACUACGUUUGCUGUAUUGCGUGAAAGAUCAGGAGAAGAGGAGGCUGCUUACGGAUAGGCUAUUCCAGGCCUACUGGGUAGACGGCCAAGAUGUGAAUUCCAAUACAACGCUCUUACAGAUUGCGAGGGAGUGUGGGGUGCAAGGGUUGGGAGAAGAGUGUUUUGCUGAUGUUGAAGCGCGGAAAGAGUUGGAAAAGAGCACUGAAGAAGCGAUCCAGAGAGGUGCGUUUGGUGUUCCUGGGUUUUGGAUCCCGGAUGCGGUUUGGACGGGGGUUGAUGGCGAGGAGAAGAAAGGGAGGUUCUUUUGGGGACAGGAUCGUAUGCAUUUUGUUGAGGCGACGUUGAACGCUCUUUCAUCAUCUUCUUCUUUGGCGGGUAAAGGGUGGAGUGGUGUGCCUGGACUCAAGAGUUUGAUGCCUCGCUGCGUACCGAAGAACACUCCUCACGGUCGUGUCAAGUUGGAGUUUUGGUUCGAUUUCAGCAGUCCGUGGGCGUUUCUGGGGUACACGCAACUGGAGAGACUGAAGAGUAACUUUGGCUCGGGACUGGAGGUUGUCAUGAAACCAUUCCUGCUCGGUAUUCUGUUUAGAGAGAUCGGUGCGCCGAAUCUACCAGGGUCGGCGGUUAGUCCUGCGAAGGCGAGGUGGUCGAGACAAGAUCACGCGGACUGGACGGAGUACUGGAAUGCUGUUAGUGCGCAGGAUGGCGGCCGACAGGUCAAGUUUCAUUGGGCUGAUACGUUCCCUAUCAGAACGCCCACUGUGUUGAGGGUUGCUAUUGUAGAGCCGGAGACUACGAAGUUGUUGUUCGAAGCGUGCUGGUCGCACAACCAAAACGUCUCGGACGAUUCUGUCCUCCGCAGUGUUCUUGACGAAGGCGGUUUCAACGGUGCGGACCUCAUCGCGCGCGCGAACGAUCCCGAGAUAAAAGCCAAACUACGAGCUUUGACUGCGGAGGCAAAGGACUUGGGUCUUUGCGGCGUACCUACGUAUCGUGUGUUGAGGCAAACAGAUGCGAGCGAGUGGAAAGCCGUUGGCGGAUUGGUGUGGGGACAGGAUGAGAUCAAUGUUGUAGAGGACCUCAUCGCUGGGUGGAAUCCAGAGAGCUCAAGUGAGGUUGCUGAGGUGGCAAAGGGAGAGAAGGGGGCAAGCGCGAAGUUGUGA